AUGUGCUCAGAUUCAAAAGAAGACUCAUCAUGGGACUCCGAUACAAGGACAAAGGAAUUGCGUAAAAAGCUAGCCGAUAAUUUAGACAAACAAUUAUAUCCACAAAUUGUUGCAAAUGUCAACUGCAGGCAUAGUGAAAACCAAUGCAAAAUGAACCUUACGACUUCUAGUAGUAACCAGAUUGUUGAUAGUAAUAAUAGUAAAGGAAGUGAAAAACGGAAACAAAAUUCAAUAAAGUUACGAUUUUAUCGUGCGAAUCGCAAACGUCCAAAAAGUUCACAGGAUCAAAUGUGUAUUAAUAAGUCCUACAAUACUAGAAAUGCUUUAUGUAACAUAGAUAAUGAGUUCCUGGGUAUUCAUACAAGUCCACCGCCAUGCGUCAAGUCUUCAAUAUCAGACAUUGUAUCUUGUAAUUGUGUAAAUUUUCAUCAAACGCAUUAUAAGUAUUGA